AUGGGAGUUAAAAGCAAAACAGCAACGCGGAAGUCCUCCUUCAAGGAGGCCGCGGCGGGCGCGGCGAAGGCGGCCGUCGAGACGGUCACGGUGCGCGCGGGUGGCAAAACUCCGCGUCGCGGUGUAACUUUUGCCGAGGCGGAGACCGCUAAAAAGACGACGUCAAGCGCCGCGGCGGCGGCGGCGGCGGCGGCGAAGCGUGCGGUAGUGGGCGGCAUCGUGGCCGCGAAAAAGCGCCAAAGGGGGGAGGAGGACGACACCGCCGUGUGCAGCGACGCCGACGCCGACGACGACGCGGCGGCGUCUGAGGCGGAGUCCGGCGGCAGCAGCAACGGGGAGAACCUGAGCGAGCUUGCCGACAGCGACAUCACAAGUGAGGCAAGCGCAGAGGAAGCCUGGGAGAAUCCCUUCGAGAAGUCAAGGCGUGAGGGGACGCGGUUGACGUAUGAGGCCCUGCGUCUCCGCUUCCUUCCGCCGGAGUUUCAGGAGCCGCAGCUCUUCAAGUUUCUCUCUCAGUUCGGCGCCAAGGUGCUGAACUGCUUCUGCGUGCGGAGCCGCCGCACCCACCAGUCCAAGGGCAUUGCGUACGUGCAGUUCGACUCCCCGGCGGUGCUCCCCACCGUGGUGGAGGAGUGCCAUGGCAUGUCCCUCGGCGGCCGUGCAGUGCAGGCGCACUCCGUCACGUUGCACCGUGCGAUGCCGUCGAAGGAGAAGAUCGCCCGGCGCCGGCGGCUGGCGUACGCGUACAAGACAAAAGGUGCACCUCUCCGCACCCACGACCUGCGCCGGAAGAGCCCCAUUGCGGCUCUCGUCAAGUACACCCGCGUGGAGAAGGCAAACAACGAACACCUGCAGCGCCUUGGCAUCGACUACGCCUACCACGGCUUCGAGGAGCAGCUGGGGAAGGUUCCCAGCCAACUGAUACUCCGGAAGAGGCGGCGGACGGCAAAGAAGCCUAGCGGGUCGCGUAGCAGCGAGCAUGAGAGCGACAAGGGCAGGAAGGGUGAAGUGGAGUCGAAGGUUGUCUCGUCGCCGCUGCCCGCCGUGGCCGCCGCGACGGGGCAGAAGCGGGUGAAAAAGUCAGUUAGUGGCAACGGCACCGCAGGUGCGUCCCCCGCCCCCGUCCCUGCGGCAGCUCAGACGAGACAACACGCAAAGAAGUCGGCCGCCCCCGCCACGAAGAAGCGGCGGGCGGGCACCGCCGCAGCUGCGUGA